UCUCUUGUUUAAAAGGAAGACUUGAAGAUGUCUCAAAAUUUGAAUCUGUGUUCUCGAAAACAAUGCAUUCCCUUCUUUUGUUGAUGUUUUUGGUGCACACUGUGUGGGUUACCACGGCUAACGUAACAAAUGGUUGUGCUUCAAAUGUCAAGAACAUAUUCAUUUUAUCAGGACAGAGCAACAUGUCAGGCCGUGGUGGAGUCUUUAAUCAGACCAACCCAGCAGGUAUGGUUAAUUUGACUUGGGAUGGUGACGUUCCACCUGAAUGUCAGCCCAAUCCAUCUAUCGUCCGACUUAGCGCAGAACUUAUAUGGGUUGAGGCUAAAGAACCUUUACACAAAGACAUAGAUGUGAACAAAACUUGUGGGGUUGGUCCUGGUAUGUCAUUUGCCAAUACACUCUUGAAGAGGGACCAGAAUAUUGGAGUGAUUGGCUUGGUCCCGUGUGCUAUUGGAGGCACAAAUAUUACUCAAUGGGCUCGUGGUAGUUGUCUCUACAACGAAAUGACAAGGAGGACGAAGGCGGCCUUACAAAGCGGAGGGACAAUACGAGGGAUGCUGUGGUACCAGGGCGAGAGUGACACAGUGGACCUUGAAGAUGCUACAUUGUAUAAAGGCAGAUUGAAGAAAUUCUUCAAACAUGUGCGCGAGGAUCUGCAGCUACCUACACUUCCUAUUGUUCAGGUGGCAUUGGCGACAGCACCAGGGCCAUAUAUGGAGGUGGUCAGGAAAGGUCAGCUGGGGCUUAAGCUUCCGAACCUGAGAUGUGUAGAUGCUAAAGGGCUUCCAGUUGGGCCAGAUUUUUUGCACCUUACAACUCCAGCACAAGUCUAGCUUGGUCUGAUGCUGGCUGAUGCCGUUGUUCAUACUUAAAAUUAAGGUGCAUUCUCCCUCUUGAGACUAGUAAUGUGCCCAAAAUAUUAUCGAUUUCGUGUUAAAUUUUCUACCACCAAUGCAUUUCAACUCAUUAUGUCAAGUUAUUUACUUUAUUUUUCAUAUUACCAAAUUAGAUUUAUUUUAAAGAGUUACUUGUUGGUGCUGCAA